UAAAAUAAAAAAGAAAAAACAGUAGCAGAGAGGUAGAGAAGAGAGUAGAGCUCUGUUCUGUUUCUCUCUGUUACUUCUCGUGAUUUCUCUCUCUUCUUUCUCUCUCUUCAUUCACUACCCCCAAAACCCAACUCCUCUUUCUUUCUUCACUGCUCUUCUCGUGUCCUCUUCUCCCCAACACACAAAAAAGUGGGGCUUUAUUAAAUACAUACACACUACAACUCUCUCUCUCUCUCUCUCUCCUCUUCCUCUGUUUCCCUUUUCAAAAACCCUAAUCUAAAUUUUCUUCCUUUGCCUUCUCUUUUGGUGAAAGGGAAUUUCUUUUCCUGCAUCGCUUCUGUGUAUUGGAUGUGUUGAUUGUUUAUUGGAUGGAUCAAAUCUUUUAGCAAAUGAAUACAAGAAUAAUUGAGCUACCAGUCAGGCUGCAAUUGGAACAGGAUUUGGAUGCUUCAUUUUGAAAUUAGUGAAGGGAUCUUGAGUGGCGAUUUGAAUCUUUGUGUUGGCAUGAUUGAAGCUAAAGUGAGAGGUUAUGUAGUUUGGAUUCUUGUUUUGGUAGUUAUCUAUGUAUCUCCCCAACAUUUGUUUAGAAAUCGGUUAGGACAACAUUUUUCAGUUGGGUGUCUAGAUUUUGAGGUGUUUUGGUGAAUCUAGACUAGUCGAAAUGAGUACAUUACCUAGUACUAGUGAAAUUGUUGAAUCAACUGAAGAAGGAGAUGCUGAAUUUAAAAUGGAUGAGAGAUUUGGGAAAAAAUAUUCGAUUGAGGAUGAUAUCAAUCGUCUCUUUCAGGCCAUUGACAUUAGAAGUUCAGCUAGAAAUUCGGGUAAGGACCUUUUAAGAAAAAGUGCUAUGAAAAGACCAAUGAGAGCUGGUAUGUCACCAGCAUCAGGAAUUGGAAUUUCAGAACCUGUAAGUUUGAAGCAAGCUUUGCGAGGAUUAUGCAUCUCUCAAGCAUCAGAGAUGGCUGCCACGAAGCGAUUAUCAAAGCCUGCUGGUUCAUCAGGUGUCUCGGAAGCUGGAAACAUUAAAAGGUUAUACAGGGCAGUGGUGGUUGAAGCUAAUGGAUCUGGAGUUUCAAUAAAUGAAGGCAAAGGGAAUUUCGUUGAAAUAUCCUUGGUUCCAGACACGACGAAAUUUUCUGAGAAGAUGCCUGAGACCAUACCAUCUCCUGGGCAAGAGCUAUCAAAUCCAUCUGCUGAAGCUUCUACUUCUUUGGCUGUGUCUAUGGUGCCAGAUGCAGGGAUGACCGAAUUACCACAACAGACCGAGAUUGUUCCUUUGCCAACUGAAGUUAAGAGCGAGAGAAAUGCAGAGGCUAGAAAACACGAAUCUGAUGAUUCUUUGUCAGUCCUUCACACUAUUAAGGAAUCUGCACACGUGGAGGAAGUUUCUUCUGCCUCCGUUGAGGUUUCAAAUAAUUCUUCGAGUUUACAAAAGAGCCAGAAAGAUAAGCUGCACUCUGCUGCUGCUCUGUCUAGCUCCAGCACCUGUAGUAAAAUAAGCAAAUCAUUUACGAGUAGUCCUCGGUUUAUCUUCAGGAGCAAGAACUCUGGCAAGAAUAAAGUAAAGCAGGAUUUGAGUGUUUCUUGUAGUUCUGGUUCACACGAAAGGAACAUGGACACUGAUUUAAAUUCUAACGCUAGUAAUUUGGAGAACCAAACACAGGUCUGUACUCCAAAGCAUGAAAAGGAAGAAAAUGGGAAAGCUUCUCCAUUGUCCAGCAGUGUAAAUGCUAGCAGCAUUGAAGUAAGUUCAAGCGUCGGGGAUGUGAGUUCAAGUAACAGAACUAGAUUUCUUGUGAGAAAGGGCGAUGAGAGAUCGAUAUCAAGAGAAAAAGGGGAGUUUUCCCAAAGCUCAAAGAGUAGCAUUGGCGACUAUAGCAGCUGCACAAGCACUAGUGAGGAAAGCAGUGUAAGUGGAUCAAGCCGCAGUGGCAAGAGACCUCACAUGUCAAAAGAUGUAAGAUGGGAAGCCAUACAUCAAAUUCAGAAACAAUAUGGGAACUUGGGUUUGAGGCACUUUAAGCUGCUCAGGAGGCUUGGUUGUGGGGACAUUGGGACUGUUUAUCUUGCUGAGUUAAUCGGGACUAAUUGCCUGUUUGCUUUGAAAGUGAUGGACAAUGAGUUUUUGGCUACUAGGAAAAAGAUGUUAAGGGCCCAAACGGAAAGAGAGAUACUACAGAUGCUGGAUCAUCCUUUUCUCCCGACGCUGUAUGCCCAUUUUGUUUCAGACAAGCUCUCAUGCUUGGUUAUGGAGUAUUGUCCUGGUGGGGAUCUUCAUGUAUUGCGGCAAAAGCAAACCACCCGGAGCUUCUCUGAACAAGCUGCUAGGUUUUAUGUUGCUGAGGUUCUUCUUGCCCUGGAGUAUUUACACAUGCUCGGAGUUGUUUACCGAGACUUAAAACCUGAAAACAUUCUGGUCCGAGAAGAUGGGCACAUCAUGCUUUCAGAUUUUGAUUUGUCACUUAGAUGUGUUGUCAAUCCAAUGCUCCUUAAAACGACAUCUCCAGCAGUGGAGCAUGCGAAAAAGACUUCAAGUCCUUGCACCGAAUCCAGCUGCAUUGACCCUUUCUGCCUCCAGCCAUCCUGGCAGGUCUCCUGCUUCACUCCUAGGCUCUUAUCAGCUGCAGCAAAAUCCCGCAAGAUGAAAUCCGAGCUUGCUGCCCAAGUGAGCCCGCUGCCACAGCUCGUUGUGGAACCAACUAGCGCCCGGUCAAAUUCCUUUGUCGGGACUCAUGAAUACCUGGCUCCGGAGAUCAUUAAAGGCGAGGGUCAUGGUAGUUCCGUUGAUUGGUGGACGUUUGGAAUCUUUCUGUUUGAGCUUUUGUACGGUAGGACCCCGUUCAAGGGUUCAGGAAACGAGGAUACAUUGGCGAAUGUCGUGUCCAAGAGUCUCAAGUUUCCAAGUAGUCCUAUGGUUACAUUCCACGCAAGGGAUCUGAUUAAAUGCCUGUUGAUAAAAGAUCCCGAGAACCGUUUAGGAUCGGUGAAGGGGGCUGCAGAGAUCAAGCAGCACCGAUUCUUCGAAGGCCUGAAUUGGGCGUUGAUACGGUGUGCGAUUCCGCCCGAACUGCCAAAGUUUUUUGAUGUUGUUGGAAGUGGUAGUAGUGUUACUACUACAACAACAACACAGAAACAUGAUGAGGGCACAAAAUGUAAGGAGUUUGAAGAAGGUGGUACAUCUGAGAAUACUGAGUUUGAGGUGUUUUAGUUGAAUCCUCUCUUUUCUCUUUUCUUACUUGAAGAAAAGAUAGGCUCUUUUCCAAGCUUUUUUGUUUUUUUUUUUUCCUUUUGUUUUUUUAACUGAAAAAUAUAGCUUAUAUAGUAAUUAGUGUAAAUGUAACUUAAAUAUCAAUAUAUGAUGAUGAUAAUAUAUAUGAUUAGUGAAGUUGAGAAUGGAGAUUCCAUGUUUAUUGUCAA